CGAGAGGCAGUCUCUGCAUGUGUGUGCGUGCGCGCUCGCGCUCUUAUGUAUGUAUGUUGUGUAUUGGCAGUGGGGUAAGUGGAGGUUGGGUGGCUCCGACUCUCUGACGCCAGUGAGACCAGAUCAAUCCAGGCGCAGCGGCAGAGCGAGCGCGGGGCUGCUUGGCGGCUGCUGGAGAAGAGCGAGUGAGCGAGGGAGAAGGCAGAGCGGCAGGCAGCGGGAGGGACUUUGCCGAUCUGCCCACAGCUGCGCUGGGUUGUCCGGCCUUGGGCGCGCUCGUUUGCUCCCUCUCCGCCCGCCCGCGCGCGAGCGACAACCGUGUUACCUUCUGUAGGUGCUUGACUUUGAUUUGGAACCAAAAAAGGAAAGCAAGCAUCAUUCACGCUGGAAUGUUAGCUUCACCUUUCAAGACCUCUGGACUGGAAAGCUUAAAGGGAUAGUACAAUCUUUGUGAAGACUGUUGCUACAAGCCAUUAUAGGAUUUGCCACUUUAGAAUUUGCGCACCUGUACCUUUUCUGACUAGUCGCCAUGAACGUGACGAGUUUAUUCUCCUUCACAAGCCCUGCUGUUAAAAGACUGCUGGGAUGGAAGCAAGGGGAUGAAGAAGAAAAAUGGGCAGAGAAGGCUGUUGAUGCCCUGGUUAAAAAACUGAAGAAGAAAAAAGGAGCAAUGGAAGAGUUAGAGAAAGCGUUAAGCUGCCCAGGUCAGCCCAGCAACUGUGUCACAAUUCCUCGUUCCUUAGAUGGCAGACUUCAGGUCUCACAUCGGAAGGGACUACCCCAUGUAAUUUAUUGCCGUGUGUGGCGCUGGCCAGAUCUGCAGAGUCAUCAUGAACUGAAACCGUUGGAAUGUUGUGAGUUUCCUUUUGGUUCAAAGCAAAAAGAAGUUUGCAUCAAUCCCUACCAUUACAAGCGAGUGGAAAGUCCUGGUAGGUACCUUCAUUUUCUUCCUCCUGUGCUUGUUCCAAGACACAGCGAAUACAACCCUCAGCACAGUCUUCUGGCUCAGUUUCGCAAUUUGGGGCAAAAUGAGCCUCAUAUGCCACACAAUGCUACUUUUCCAGACUCAUUCCAGCAGCCCAACAGUCAUGCGUUCCCUCAUUCGCCGAACAGCAGCUAUCCAAACUCCCCUGGAAGCACCAGUGGCACCUAUCCUCAUUCGCCAGCCAGCUCUGACCCAGGAAGCCCUUUCCAGAUUCCAGCUGAUACUCCCCCUCCUGCUUACCUACCUCCAGAAGAUCAGAUGACACAGGAUGGUUCACAGCCAAUGGACACCAGUAUGAUGGCACCUUCAAUUCCUCCAGAAGUAAACAGAGGAGAUGUUCAGGCAGUUGCUUAUGAAGAGCCAAAACAUUGGUGCUCUAUUGUUUACUAUGAGCUCAACAAUCGUGUUGGAGAGGCAUUUCAUGCUUCUUCCACAAGUCUUUUGGUGGAUGGUUUCACUGAUCCUUCCAAUAACAAGAACAGAUUUUGCCUAGGGCUGCUCUCUAAUGUUAAUCGGAAUUCCACCAUUGAGAACACCAGGCGGCAUAUUGGAAAAGGCGUUCACCUCUAUUACGUUGGUGGAGAGGUUUAUGCAGAGUGCCUUAGUGACAGUAGUAUAUUUGUGCAAAGUCGAAACUGCAAUUACCAUCAUGGUUUUCACCCAACCACAGUCUGCAAAAUCCCAAGUGGCUGCAGUCUGAAAAUCUUCAACAACCAGGAGUUUGCCCAACUUCUGGCUCAGUCAGUCAACCAUGGCUUUGAAACUGUGUAUGAACUCACUAAGAUGUGCACUAUCCGUAUGAGCUUUGUAAAGGGUUGGGGAGCAGAAUAUCAUCGGCAAGAUGUUACAAGCACACCCUGCUGGAUUGAGAUUCACUUGCAUGGUCCCCUUCAGUGGCUGGAUAAAGUUCUUACACAGAUGGGUUCUCCUCAUAACCCAAUAUCUUCCGUGUCUUAAAAAGGAUUCUGAGCAGCUACACUUCAGACACUAUUGAGCCUUGCAUGACUUGAAGGAUGUAUGAGUCAGACACAUGUACAAAACUGGCAGUGGCCUUUAUUAUACUUGACUUCUGUGACCAACUGUUAGAUCAGGGAAAAAACCCCUGUUACUAAGUAGUUGGCAUCAAGAUUUUUUAGUUUACAUAGUAGUAAUCUCUUGCAAAUCUUUAUGCAGGGCAGUGUGUAAUGGCUAGGGAUGACCAAGUCAAUGUAAUCCAGACACUGUUCUUAAGCAAUCUUAUCUGGCACACUAAGAUCCCUUUGUGCUGAACAUCCAUUGUGUUGUGUGUUCUGGAAGGAAUACAGAAAGUUGAUGAUUACACUGUUUUCUCUCAACUAACUUUUCAUGAUGUUUGAAAUCCAUUGUUCUUGGUAAUAGUUGCUAGCCCCAAACAAACUAAGGCUUCUGUGUAAUCUUCUGAAACUGUGUACUGACCAUACUGUUGCAAGAAUUUUUAGGUAUGCUCUUUGCUAAAUGUAUGUACAGUGUAUUUGGAAGUUAGAGAUGGACUAGCCUAAAGGAAUUAGAUAGUUGAAGGGAGGUGGGUGGGAAGGGGAGCUGACAUGGACAGGUAGAAUUAUACUGUAAACAUAGCUUGUUAAACAGUCCAAGUCUUGCGGUGUGCAUUUCAUUUUUAUAGUGGCUUUAUCCUACUACUAACUGAUAUUUCUGCCCAUCCAGAGCUUCACAGAGCAAGGGUAGGUCAAUAAAUGCUUUUGUCAUGUACUGCAAGGUCUGUAUAUUUCAAGACAAAACUGUACAGCCUUUUACAGAUUGGGCAGUUUGAUGCAGUUCACAUAACGGAAGUAGCUGUUUCAUUUUAUAAGAGCUUUGUGUUUUGCCAACUUAGCAGAUGUUAGUACAUGUUGGGAAGACUUAAACAAACCUAUUCAAGUGUUUCAGACUUAAAAGGUUAAUUUUUUUACCAUUUAAAUUGUUUUCUUUCUGCUAAUGUUUUUUAUAUUCAUUCAAGCUGUAGUACUUUUUCAGUAUUUUUUUAUUCCAAAAGUUAGUGGUUCAUCUCUACUGAAGUUCAAAUAAACAUAUUGCUUACUUUGAUUAAAACUAUCUUUUGUGCAUAUUUUUCUUCAUAUUAAUCUGUAAAACACUAGUUGUGAUUUAAAUUAGUUCCUGCUAUUUUAUUUGAAGAGGAGACAUGUUUAGCAACAAUUAAGAAACAAAUUUGAUCAGCAUAGAAUAGCAAGCAAUUCCUUUAUGCUGCCUUAAAAAGAUGCUUUGGUCAAUCUCAUAUUGUCCAACUUGUUAGAAAACGAUUCUUAAACUUUUCCAGAACUAUUACUUAUGUCCAGAUUACCAUACCACAUUGCUUUGUGUUCUUAUUUAUUUUGGCUCCUUAACUACAAGUAUGUAUAAACUUAGUAUAUACAAUGAUUUAUUAAAAUUUAUGUUUAUGAUUAAGAAAUAUAUCCAGCAAGGAUAUAUUUCACAGGAGAGGUUACAUGAUUUUAAAAAUAAAAGGAUCACCCCUAAAUUGAAUUGGAGUGAUAGUGCCAUCAUCUUCACCUGGCACUAAGCUGUCUUCAGCCAAUUUUUCCAAGGUGCCAGACAGAUACUUUUGCUUCUAGGAUUUCUAAACUGGAGAUUCUGGAAACUGGAGUAUUAAGUCCAAAAAACAAUUUUUCAUCUCGCACUCAAAAAAUGCAUGAGAAUCCUGAAAGCAGCCACAUGUCUAACCCAUGGUAUGGGAAGCAUCCUCUUACUUUCCAGAAUCCUCUUUUGAGACAUACCCUUGCAGGUGACCUCUUAAAGCCACUCUACUAUGCAGCAUCUGGGACCUGUGUAGGCAAUUUGUUUUAGUUAAACCGAAUGUAAAGCAUAGUUAAUUUUCAAAGAUCCUUUCUUGUGGGAAAAAGUUAUGAUGAGACUAGUCCAUAAGUAGGUGUAUUCUGCCAAACAAAACACAAUGGUGUGACUGUGUAAUCACUUCAUUUGAGCAAGUCCUGGUACUCAAAAGUGCCUUAUGCUGUAAGCCUACACAAAUUGACUUACUGGAUCACUCUACUGUGCCAUCUUGCCCAGAACUGAUAAUGGCCAAUCCUGCAAAAAAACUUGAGCAAAGCUUGUACAAGGCUAUGUGUCUGUAGCCUUUCUGUGUCUGUCUGCAGCCUCUAGUAAGCGGAAAGAAACUGCACUGAGGCUUCUGGGGGGAAUCUUCCUAGCUUCUGCAGCUAGUAAUCUAUGAUAAGAGCUCUGCUGGAUCAGACAAAAGGUUAGAAGGUACUUCUGAAGUUCACAAGGAAGGCAUAAUAAGUCUGUUGCUCCUCACCUGCCACCCCCCCCAAAAAAAGGAAAUAAAGACUCUUGACUUUCAGCAACAAUGUCUCUGAACAUGAAGAUUCAAGCUGGCUAUUACAACUAGAUAUUGAUACAGUUUCCUUCAUUUUUAUUUAUUUUUCCCAGGGUCAGAGAGGUGGUAGUCUCAAGCAGCAGAUGCUGGAAGACAGCAGCCAAGUGCUGGAGAAGAGAGUUGUGUACAAUAUGGCCUGCCUUAUAAACAUAAGUCUUCAUGCUUUUAGAAAGCUGGAUACCUCUAAGCUAGCUUGUUGCUAUCUGAUACAAUGAAGGACACUGAUGCAUCAACCAAUAUUGAAGAAACAUUCAUCUGCCAUUUCAGUUGGCUUUUGUAUAUAGAAUGGUAUGGAGCACCAUCUUGUUUUUUUGCUUCCAGUAGCAAAAUACCAUGUACCAAUUCUGUCUUUAUCCCUUUUUAAGCCAGUGGUCAUGGCCAUUUUGUAUGGCUUUGAAUGACCACACAUGAGGCAUUGUGUGAAGCAGUGCAGACUGAUUUGCUCAGCCACCCACCCUUGAAUCUAUUGAAAAUCAGGUGAAUGCAGAAUUCUGGUUCAAUUGUUUGUGGAUUAGUAGGGAAAUAAAAUCUCCAGUCUCUCCUCAAAAUGCUGCUGCAUGUUGUUUUUGUAAAUUAAAAAGUCUCUCGCAUACUGAGUUGAAAGUUUCAUUGAGCUAUCUGUUUCAGUUUAUAUAUGCAGAAUUUGCUCAAAUACAUGACUCAUUAUGCAAGUACUCGUUACGUGGUGCAUACUUUCUGCUUCGUGCUUCUCAACCCAUUAUCUAGAAAUGGAGUGUGCAUUUUUGAUUGUAGUUGUUUCUUCAGAUCAUCUAGUGGUAAUUCUUGUAAAAUUCAGUGCAAUUAAUUUAACUGUCUGCAUCAGAACAUUCAGAAACCAGUAGACUUUUUCAUCAUCCAGGACUCUCUGGUUCUGAAUUUGAUUUUGUCAUUGUCCAAUACAGGACUUCUGAAGGAAUAUUCCAGCAUGAAAUAGCUUAAUUAGAGCUAAAAUUGAAGCUUGAAUCCAUCCGUUUGUACUUGAAUAAAGGCAGUUUCUUCCCGUCUCA